GUCGCUGUCGUAUUCUAUAGCUAGAGCACCGGUUCGCGGUCCGCAGGAGACCUACACCAAGUCAUUCAGUUCUCGGCAACGUGUUUGAAAGUAUAUUGCAAAUAAACGCGAACGUGCGCUCACUGCUAGCAGCAGGUGUACGACGGAGCUGCUGCUACCUUUCUGGUGGAAAUUGACUGUCAUAAUAUACCCUGCUGGCGAAGGGCUUCUGGUGUUUUUUUCUUUUGGAGGGUUACUGGUGUUUUUGUGAAAAUGUUUUGAGUGUAUUGUCGGAUUAUAUUUUGAUUUUGAAGAGGACGUAGAGGAACCUUGACGAUGAUUCAAAUAACUGAAGAUACUCCGCCCGACAUGUUAGCUGGGGCCAUGGAUCUAACCGUACACUUACCUAAUGGAAAAGCUGUGAAAAUGCCUGUGGAGAGAAGUACACCAAUGAUGGAUCUUCUAGUACAAAUCACCACAGCCAAUCAGCUCCAGCUUUCCACUCACACCCUCCAAGUACUAGGCAUGGCCCCAUCGUCAGAACACAACGACAAAAUCCUACCUUUCAAACCGAAUACCCCUAUAGGAACCUUGGACACGCAACACAUUAGGGUUCUGUUGAAAGGUAGAACCCUUCCGGCUUUGAAAUACCCUGCUCCAGGACACCAACCUUUUGAAAGUACUUUUAGGUUGAAGGUGCAUCUUCCAAGGAACCAAUUGUAUGUGACACGUGUUAGCAGACACGUGUUACUAGAAGAUAUUAUGAAGAAGGUGUGCGAAGAGAAGAAUCUUGAUCCGGUGAAGUACGAUUUUAAACAUCCAGGAAAUCUAGACGAAGUCUUAGACCCGAAACUCACUCUGAGUGACUACCAGAUCACUGAAAUCUACGUGGUAGCCAAAGGAACCACAAACCUGAAUCAGGCCUUUUCCGCCGCCGAUAUAAUGGUCCUUAGGAAAGAGGAGGAACGCAAACAGAUGCACAACAAGACUGGCGGAGGUGUUUUCAAUCUUAUUUUCAAAAGAGGAAAAUCGAGUAUGGGUUCCGGGUCGGUGUCGAGCGACAACCGUUCGAUUUCGCCGACGCACAGCGACGAUUCGAGAUCGGUGACGCCGCCGGCGGUUCAGGCGCCGCCGAUCGUCGCGCCGCCAAAGAAAGAUCCGCCGCCCGAACGACCGAAACCGCCUCAAAGGAAACGCCGUCCGGCACCGAAACCGCCUCAAAUUCGAAUCGGCGAAGCAGGCACGAACGAGCACGAAGACGAAAAGAGUUCUUCAGUGAUUUCCAACGAAGUUGCUCUGUCAAAGAAAACCAUCGAGAACGGUCUGACUAUCUGCCAUUCGAGGAAUGGCAGCGAUAGUUCCGGUUACCACGAGGCGUCCAUUUUGAGCGACCACUGCGCAAACGCUUCGCUACCCAGAGCUAGACCGAAAUCUGCUUUCGUCGGCGAUCUACCCGUUCUACAGAGCAGCUCGAAUUUGACCAAAAUGACCGCUCACUCUAGGUCUAUGACUAGCUUAGUUGCAGGUCGAAAAAAGAAAGCAGCACCUCCUCCGCCCCCAGUAGCAGCGUCUCCAGAAAGUCCAGUAGUCGCACCCGAAUCAGAAAAACCCUCCAGUCCCUUAGUUGCUAGUCAAUCUCCAAUCGCCCACGAAUUUCCUGAGGUGCUGGAAACUAACCCUGCGCCAAUACCCAAACCAAGAAGCAAAGUAUCUAAAACUAUUUCUAGCAAUAGUUACGAUGAAGAUGUUAUUAUUGAAGAAAUUGAAGAAAAACUUGGAUUAGUUGAUAUUGAAAAACAUGAAUUGAAUAAACGUAUCGUAAAUGAAGUUGUUUGUGAUGAGAAAUUAAUCAAGACUCCUGAUAAUGAUUAUUCAAUGGAAGACAUCCUGACGAGCUUGGAAGCCGUUAAGCCGUUUAUAAUGAACUCGCCCAAAACCACUAUAUCAAAUCUUCAAAAAUCCUUGGUCAACAACAUAUUCAAUUCAGACGAGUUUUUAAAAGACUCCAAGCCCCCUGCAGUAGUAGGAGUGAUUCCAAAAACACCACCCAACCAAGAAGAAAUUUCUGAUUUAGACGAAGGCAUGUUUACUAGAAGUUCAGAAGCUUUUAAUUACCACAGAAGCGUGUCUUCGGCAAGCAUUUUAGGAGGAUUCAAUGGCGCUGGAAUGCGAAAAUGGAAUAACCACGAGGAAUUAGAUAGUAUUUCUGUUAGUUCUUGUGGAGUUAGAAAUAGAUGGGUGGCUGGUGAGGCAUCUGAUACAGAAUCGAUAACUUCCUCGUCUAAUCCCCUUGAUAGUAUACCCCCUUGUCCCUUGGACAGUCCACCCAUUGCUGAUUCAACUGACAGUGGAAUUGCUGCUGACAAGGAAAAGGACAUCGAAGAAGAUUUUGAAUUCUGCACGCCACCGCCACCACCAGAUAUUUUUAGUGAAGCAAGUAAUAAAGAACCUACAAGUGAUCAAUUAUUAGACAAAGCUUCACCAAAAGAAAUUGAAGCUCCUGAAGAAUUUUCUUCGUUGAUAGUUGAAGAAACUAUUGAAGCUAUUUCUGUAUCGACAGCAGCUACUCGUGCUUCAGUAAAUGAAGUAAAUACACCUGCAACAACUACAAUAACUGCAAAAGUAGUUACACCUACAAUAACUGCAAAAGUAGUUACACCUACAAUUGCUGCUCCUCAUCCAGUUUUCAAAGAGACAACACCUGAAAGAGAAUUAAAAACUUCUGCUUCAUUUACUGAAAUAAGUACAUCACCUGCUUCUCCAGUAUCAACAACUGCAACUCAAGAAAUCACACAAAAAAUUCCUGAGCCUGAAUUGUCUGAAAUAGAUUGGCAAUAUCAACUACCAUCGCCGCCAAAAGCUUUCCGUGAUUCUAGUCCUUCAAUCAACGAUACGAAUUCUAUUGUAAGUGAUUUCAAGGAUUCCGUGGUGACUUCUCCUGAACUAUUCGAAAAACUAAAAUCCUUGGAAGACAAUUACUCGGAAGCUGAUACAUUGAAAAGUGAAGAGACUAGUAUUGCAAGUGAAGAGCCAUUGAAUACAUUGUCCUUGGAACAUUUGGAAAAGAGAAAAUCGUUGGUUUACAAUAGGGAGCUCGCAACUAGUCUUAAAAUGACUGAUAGCAUAGGAAAUAGUAAUAAGUCGGCAAGUUCCCUUGACAAAAAUCAUCAUCACAAUGGCGAAUUUCAAACUAAGCAACCACAAAAACCUGUGAGGACCAGCAAUAUGACGCUUCCAAACUUCAAAAUCACCACCUACGACGUUCCAAAGCAAAACAUCAAAGUAUUUGAAGACGAUACAAUUAGAAGCAACACAUUAUCGCGUAACAAUCCCAAUCAUCAGUCGAUGGAUAAUAUUGCGUUUAUCAAAAAACAAUCCGAAGAAAGAGAAUAUAAAUUCUACAAACCGAAACCGCCUUCGACAAAUGUAUCCAGAUCGGAGUCAUUUUCCACUGACAGGACGUUAGCGAAACCAGUGUCCAGGUCCAAGUCCACACUAACUUUAAAUAAAUACCAGCCGGGCAAACGGGAUGAGACUAACAAUAUAUCUAGGAGUAAUAGCUUUUUUGAUGUGUCUGGAUUGCAGAGCUUAGAGGUGAUGAAACUGAUCCAAAACAAAUUAAAUACACCGCCAGGCUCGGCAGAAGACAUUAACACCGCCAAAACCGAUGCUCAAUCUCAAGUGCCACAAGAACCACCUUCAAAAAUUCCGUCACCAGAACCAAUCAAAAAGUACUACUACAGAGGACCUCCCGCUGUCAACAUGUCUACGUGGUCUGAAAGGCCCAAAGUCCCUGUGGCUGUGAAAGAGGAUGAGGAUUAUAAGCUUGGCAAGGUUUCGUCUAAAUUAAUUGUUAAUACUACUAAUAAUAAUGUGACUAGUAAUAAUUCUGUUGAGGUGAAACAGGAGCAGAUAACGCAGAAUUCUGGCAAUGUUGUCAUUAAAAUUGGUAGUAGUAAUAAUUAUAGUAAAAAUUUGGGACCGAUUGGUUAUAGGAAGCCUUUCGGUAAUGUUAACCAAAACAAUCCAAGACCGCAUUCGAUAGCUUUACCGACAGAUUUCGAUAUUUCCAGAGUACCAGUUGUAAGAUCCGUUGAAUACAAAAAGCCUUUCAAAGAUCUAAACACAUCGAUAACUCAUUUGAACCAAGGCAAUGACGAUUUUCGUUCCUUGCAUUACUUUUCUAAUUCAUUCAAAAGCACUGAAAACUUAAGAAGCAUAGAGAAGCAGGAUAGUGAGCCGAAUAAAAGAGUUUUUAGAGUUGGAAGCUUUAAGCCUGCAGAUAAUCAACAACAACCUGUUGUAAGAGGGUUUAAAAACAAUAAUGAUAUUAAGACUAAUAAUAGAUUAUCAUGGAAUCCUUCUACAACGUACAAUACUUUACCAAGCAAGCCUAAAACAGUUGGGCCAAAUCAGCAUGUACCAUUUUCACAAUUAACAUUAAGACGAACUGAUUCUAGUAAAAUUUAUGCUAGCAAUAAUCAUAAUAUUAUAGAAAAUAACGAUUCGUAUAAUUCUCUACCACCAAAUUAUGCCUCAAAAAUUAAAGUAGCUUCUCCACCUCCUCCACCGCCACCUCAAAUGCCCAAAAUCAUCAUUAAAACAAGCCAAAGUAAUAUGAUUAACAAUAAUGUGGAUCCAAGAGAUAUGCUUCUAGAAUCUAUCAGAAAUUUCGGCGGCAAAAGGGGCCUCAAAAAUGUUAGUGCCUGAUAUAUUUUAUUUUGUUAUUCUUGUAAAUAGUGUCUGUUGUAGUCAUUUUUGCUUAAAUUUAAAGCUCAAUUUUUAUUAAUAACUUUGUAUAUUAUUUUUAAUAAUUAUUUAUACCAAUAUUAACCGACUUAUCGAGAGUCCAAUAAUUGAAAAAUAUACUUGACUUGUUUAGGGACCAAAGGUUGUUUUUGGAAAAUAUUAUUUAUUUGUUAUAUAAUACAGUGUGUACUACCUAUAUAUUUCAUCUAUUACCCAAAAAUAAAUUGAUUAAAUUAAAAUUUUGUUUUUUAUUUUG